CUUGCCAGCAGUUACUACUUUAUUAGUGUGCCGCAUGUGUACAGGCUGGUCUGCUGCUAGCUGAAUACUACUGUAUUCAUUAGUCACCCUUGCAAUCUCCUUUUUUGCACUAAAAUGGAACCGAUGCCAAGAGGGGCUUGUGUGAAGGAUAUGAAGUGGUAUGAGAUGCUCACUCCGCUCUACGAGCCGCUUGAGGAGAUAGACUACCAGUGCAACCCUCGCCUCCCACCUCUUCCCACACCAAUCGACCCCGCUGACACGCGGCUCAACACCCUGCCUGUGUUUACAGGAAGUCAGUAUGCUGGCUCAGGUGACUGCUUCGUCCGGGGAGACAAUCUGAUGACUAUGAACUACAGAGCUCCACUGCAUCUAGGUUACAUGCAGCCGGCUCACCUGAACAUUGGGCCAGGUGGUGAUGUCACCAAGCAGUAUGUGGAGAACUAUCACCAGUCAAGCUAUGAGUGGCCUCUCAAUCACCCACAUGCUCCCACUCCUCCACAGUUCUAUGAAAAAGCCAUGUUGAUACUGCCCGAGGGAGCAAGGUUUCCUCCUGCCGAAAUGCCGAGCUUUACAGAUUCCAUCUCCCCCUCAAGAAAGGUCCCGACAUCCAAUAAAAGGAAAAGUGAAAGCCAGGAGGACGAAGAGAAGGUUUACAUUAAAAAGCCACCAAACGCGUUUAUGAUAUUCCGGAAGGAGCAGAGGGAGAAUGUCAUGGCACAGUUGAACAUCCGUGACAGUGCUGUGGCCAAUAAAGUCCUGGGUCACAUGUGGAAAUCGCUGUCGGAGAAGGAGCAAGAGAAAUAUUACCAGCUCGCCGAUGCUGAAAAACGCCUUCACACCCAGCUGCACCCCAAUUGGUCGUGCACAGAUAAUUAUGGGCGAAAGAGGAGGAAGCAGAGGAGCAGAGUGGCUCCUAAGGAAAUCCUCCAACCAAACUGCUGAGGCUCCUACUGUCACUUGACAAACUGUUCUAGUUUUUGACUUAAUCACAAGUCAUUAAGUUCUAUUGACUGAGCUGGAAAGUGCCUCAGCAAGUUCAUUAAUUUUAAACAGGGUCUUAUUAAACCUCGUUAUUAUGAGAGGACAAAAAGUGCAUUUCUAGUCUAUCGUUAUGACUUCACCUCACAUACGUCAGAGCAGCGAUAAUGUGGCUUGACUCCCAUGUUGACAGAAUAUUUAAAAUGAUAAAUGGUCAUAACAUCGACAGAAUGAGUUAGUGUUCACAAGUAAUUUGAUUAUACAUACUGUAUGUUUGUGCAAUGAUAAGAUUUUACAAAAUGGCUUCAUUAUCAUUGGGUUCUUGUACUGUUGCCACUAUUGUGUGAGCGAAUGAUUUCCAAAGAGAAGUGAACAAGCUUAACCAGGCAUGUCCACUUUACAUGAAUAAA